AAUAACAGCUUACAUUUGUGAUUAAUAUCAAUUUUCGACUGACCGUUUAUCGUUAGCGAUGAAUCAGCACUUCCCUUCGCCAUUCACGUGCAAUGAAACCCUACCAAGCCCUAGUAUGACAGACAUGUGCAAUGCCUCUACAUUUGCCGUUUUCAUGUCCCUUCUGGGGUCGCUCAUACAAAAGAAUAAAAAAAUAUCGGGAAUAUGCGAACGCGUAAAGUCCAUUGACUCACCGGAUCCAGUGUAUGACUACAUCGUAGUUGGCGGUGGUGCGGCAGGUUCUGUAGUUGCUGCAAGAUUGAGCGAGAUUCCUCACUGGAAAGUAUUGCUUCUUGAAGCUGGUGACGACGAGCCUGCAGCUGCUGCGAUUCCUAGUUUCUACGGCGUUGUAUAUCAAUCUAGUUUGGACUUUAAAUACCAGACAACGAACGAAAGUCACGCUUGUCUAUCAAGGAACGGUUCCUGUUCGUACACCGCGGCAAAAGUUCUCGGUGGAAGUACAGUGCACAACGGGAUGAUAUAUUUAAGGGGCAAUCCAACGGACUACAACAAUUGGGCCGCUAUGGGUAAUAAGGGCUGGACUUGGGAUGAAGUCAAACCUUUUUUCCUGAAGGCGGAGGAUAACGGUGAAAUUGAUAGAGUCGGAAGAUUCUGGCACGCCACUGGAGGUCCGCUUUCCGUUGAGCGAUAUCCUUAUCGACCUCCCUUUGCGGAUUCGAUACUCGAAGCAGCGGUAGAAGCAGGAUUCGGAAUCAGCCAAGAUCUCAACGGAGAUGAUAUCACUGGAUUUACACUAAUACAAUCCACAACAAAAAAUGGAGUUAGACGCAGCAGUGCCGCAUCAUAUCUGCGGCCGAUUAGGAACCGCGAGAAUCUACACAUUUCCCUUAAUUCCACCGUCACUAGGGUAGUAAUCGAGAAUGGAAAGGCAGUUGGUGUUGAGUACUUACAGAACGGCAAGUUCAAAACGAUCUUCGCAUCGCAAGAAGUGAUUGUUUGCGCAGGGACCGUCAGAUCACCACAAAUUUUACUUUUAUCUGGCAUUGGUCCCGAGGAACAUUUGAGGCAGAUGGAUAUCAAGGUCGUGCAGGACUUACCUGGAGUUGGCAGUAAUUAUCACGACCACAUGUACUUUAUGCUCAACUUUACUAUCAAUACACCUGAUGUAUAUGACAACGAUUGGUUAGCUGCAACUGAAUACCUCGACUUUCAAACUGGCCCAUUGUCUAGUACUGGAUUAGGUCAGGUGGUCGCUGAGCUUGCUUCUACUACUACAACCUCUGAUUUCCCUGACAUUCAAAUCUUCUGUUUGGGUUAUGACGCUGACUGUGCACCAGGUGAAAUCGGCGCUCUUCGGAGUACAGGAUCUCGCCAGAUUUCCCUGGUAGUGGCGUACCAACACCCGAAGAGUAAAGGACGAAUUAGUUUGGCUUCGAAUGAUCCUCUGGAAUACCCCGUGAUCUGGGGUAACUUUCUCAGCGAAACCAGCGAUGUUGAUGGUCUCGUAGAAGCCAUAAACAAUGCCAUGAAAUUAGCCGAUACGAAUACCUUGAAAGCCCAGAAUAUUACGUUGUCAGAAACAAUUCGGGCAGCCUGUAGCAGUUACACUUACCCUAGUACUGACUACUGGAAGUGUGCGGUACAGGAGGACACAUAUCCCCAAGCUCACGGAAGUGGAUCCUGUAAAAUGGGACCUGAGCAUGACGCCAUGUCAGUUGUCGAUCACGAGCUUCGAGUAAGAGGGAUCAAGGGAUUGCGCGUUGCAGAUACUUCUAUUAUGCCUCAGAUAACUUCUGGAAAUACUGCGGCACCAACAAUGAUGAUUGGGGAGCGAGCAGCAGAAUUCAUCAAGAAAGAUGCGGGUUGGCCUUCAAUGUGGAAAUGAGAGCAAUUUUCUGACGAGAUAUUACGUAAA